GGGAGUUGUAGUUUCACUUUCCAAGUCCUGCUCCUCCUCUCAUGGCCGGCUCUGUGGGGCCGCACGGAGCAGUGGAUUUGGUCGGAGAGGGGAGCUGGGGAAAUCCAGGCACGGAGUGGCACAAGGAACCGAGUUAAUCGGCAUGAGGUGAGGGAGCGCUCGGGUUUGGCGGAGGUGACCGUCCCUACAUGGUGGGAGAGCCUGGGCAGCAUGCAACACAGUUUGGGUGCGGGCCCGGUGAGCAGGCUUUGUGAUGAUCAGGAGGCCUGGAGAUUGAGAAGGAAGUAGUGAGAGUGGGCAGAGAAAGAGAGGGAGGGGAAGCUGUGUUUACAGUGCUGGAGGGGGCCUGAGUAUUGAUAUUUUAUUAUAGGUAAUAUCACAGUUAGAUGACUUAUUGUGUAUGUUGGGGUAUAUAUAUACUGCUACAUAUAUCUUCUGUAAUCAGCCCAGAGCAACCCUUAACCUGCUGGGUGUACAUCAUUCUUCCUACAAAGGUUGAAGCAUCUAUAGACAAAGAGGGGUUUGGCAUUUGAUCUAAGAUCAAGACCUGUCAACAGUCUGCUCACUGUGACACCUAUUUUCAGACACUCUCAUUCUAUAUUCUUGAAUGAAAUGUUACUUAUAUAUUCAUUGAUGUCCUCCCAUCAUACUAUUGAAUCAUAUGUUUGAUAUAUUUUUCUUGUUUUGAGAUAUAUGGAAUUAAAAAAAAAAAAGGGGGGGGGUUAUUUUUAUAAUUAAAAAAUGUGUGGAGUUUUGCUCUCCUAUUGUAGUGUAGAGCCCUCGGCAUCCCCACUCCCUCACACCCCCCUGCAGUGGUCAAAGAAAAGGUUAAAAACCCUUUAUUUACUUACAUUAGCCCAGCUCAGAUACCCCUCGGAGCUGAAUCAUGCCUCCUCUGAAGUCCCAUGACGAGCUAGUGCUAGUGCUCAUAUGCGGCAAAUGCCGUGCGCGUAUUAGACCUUCCUAUAGGAAAGCAUUGAAUCCAUGCUUUCCUAUGGCGAAAAAUCUGACGCUGGAUGUCCUCAUGCAAAGCUUGAGGACGUCCAGCAUCCGUUACCGGACCAAAGGUCCGUUUGGAUACAGGAGCAGCCUCCAGUGGCUGUCUGGGGGACAACCACUGGAGGCAGACUUGGUGCGGCAAUGUAAACACUGUAGUUUCUCUGGAACUGCAAUGUUUAACAUUGCAGCACUAAGUGCUAUAGGGAUACUGUACCCAGACCACUUCAAUAGGCUGAAGUGGUCUAGGUGCCUAAAGUGUCCCUUUAAUGUAGGGAUCCUCAGGACCUCCAAUCUAAUAGACUUUUGCACAAAUUCUUUUCAUCUAGGACAAACAAAUCAAAUUCCAUUCAGUGUACACCCAAAAGAAUCUAUCUGUCCAGGAUUUACCCAUGGAGUCUUAUUCACUGAAUAAAACUCCACUGGUAAAUCCCAGAAUAAUCUCUUGCAGGGUAGAUUAAAAAUUAUUUCAUUUUUUUUUUUUUUUCAGAAUAAAUGCAUUUGUGCACAAGGGACACUGUAGUCACCCAGCCCUCUUCGUCUUAAUAAAAAGGUCAAGCUGCAGUGGUCCUGUUGCAGGGUUAAAGCAGCUCUGUCAUGAUAAUAUAUAUUUUAUGCCUUCCCCCCCCAUCCCCAGUUCCUUAACUCCUCAAUGUCCCAAUCAGUGUUUAUUCGCUCCUUAUUCAUGCCAAUGUGCCUUAAAUUUGCAAUCUUCGUGGCGCUGGAUACUCAGCCACUAGAGGCGCUUCUAUUGCAGUGAUAGUCAAACUUGUUCAUGUGAUGGGAAAGCAUUGAUUCAAUGCUGUUGGGGUGUGUAUGUAUGUGUGUGUGUAUAUAUAUAUAUAUAUAUAUAUAUAUAUAUAUAUAUAUAUUCAAUGCUUCCCUAAGGGAAAGCCUGAAUGCUUGCGGCAAAUCCCUAAUGCUCUUCUGUGAUGAUCAUUGGAUUGGACCAUCACAGAGGCGGCAAUGCCUUUUCCCUGAGAUUGUGAGAGGUGAAGAGGUCAGAAGAAAAAACUUUAAAAUUGUAUUAUUGUGACUAAGUGUCUACUAUAAAUGACUGGACAUACCCCAUUUGCAAUACCAUGUCUUGUCUACUUUUGCAAAUGGUAUGCCAUCAUGGAGGUAAUUCUCAUUCCUGGGCUACCAUACGGUCUCAAAGGCAACGUAACCAAUCUGGCAAAUUUCAAUGUGAAAAAAAUGAAAUGCAAGCCUUAUAUUUGACCCUCUAAUUUACCAAAACACCAUAAAACCUGUACAUAGGGGGUACUGUUAUACUUGGUAGACUUCACUGAACACAAACACAAGUGUUUUAAAACAGUAAAACAUAUUACAACAAUAAUAUAGUCAGUAAAAGUGCCGUUCAUGUGUGAAAAAUGCAAAAAACUUCACUUUUACUAAAAAUAUCAUCAUUGUAAUACAAGUUACCAUUUGAAACACUAAUAUUUCAUCUGCCAUGCUGGAGAAAUGCUUUCCUAUGGACACUUUGAAUGCGCAUUCGGAUCCGCUGACGUCGGCAGAGGAGCUGAGCCCGGCGCUGGAAUAAGGUAAGUUGCUGAAGGGUUUUUAACCCCUUCAGCGCCACGGGAGGGGGACCCUGAGGGUGGGGGCACCCUCAGGGCAGUAUAGUGUCAGGAAAACCGCUUUGUUUUCCUGACACUAUAGUGAUCCUUUAAAGGCCCACUCUACACUCAAAAAGGAGUGUCCAAUUUCAAAGGCAUUUUAUAAAAGUGCUGACUUCCAUAAAUUAUCACUUUUUAUGAUUAAUGAAACACCUCCAUGGCUGUCAUUCACGCCGCUAAGGAGGUUUGCUUUUUGCUCCCCUGAGCUAACUGAAGUUUCAGGUGUGCACGCCUGCCUACCUCUGCAUACCUCCUUCCUUCAAAUCACUUUAUUUAAAAUGACAUGAUACAGAUUAAGUUAUGGUACACACAUAAAAAUACACUAAUCUUAUCAGGCUACUUAAAAUCGCGUAUCUAAGAAAACAAAUAUGGGGAUUCCAUAUUUGCUUAAUUCUAAUUCCUAGCUUAAUUCUUUUUGUAUUUAUUUAAGAUUACAUGAAUUUGGUGCUUUGUGUAGAAGUUAUAGUGCUUAGAGAGUUCCCUUUAAUGAAUGUCAGAAUUAAAAUUUCUAUUCCUUUAGCCAAUUUACCUGAUUUUUGCAAUUCAGAACUUGGUGGAUAUCCCCUGCCAGAAUGCUUUUUAAGAUAUCCAAACUACCACCAGUAUCUCUGACAAUGUUUAAGGGACAUGUGACAAGUUUUUUUAAACCAGCAAGCAAAGACUUUUAAACAUAUACGAGUUUCUUCAGCUCCCCCACCCUUUACAGACACAUCUCCGUUUCAGACCAGGCUAGUAAUGACCGAAACAGGGCACUUUGUGCAGUAGAAGUAGAGAAAAACCCAUCAUCGUUUUAAUCAAACUGAUCGGACUCCCUCUUUUUUUCUCCCAUGUUUGUAUCUUCCAACUGUGUUAACAUGUAUUAAUCUGUUAGGAAUGCCUAAUGCAGUUUUCCAGUAUUCCUAGGUACAGGACACUGAUUACAAUGCAGUUUUCCAGCAUUCCUAGGGAUAGGACACGGAUUAUAUCAGUGUCUGCCCUGGAGUGGUUGUGGAAAACCUAUGAAAGAAGAAGCAGGUAAAUAUGAAGAAAUCAUAUUUACCUGCCUUUUUCAGUCUACAGAAUGAGGCGACUGUCUCAUUCAAUGCUGAAGCUUUUGAAUGAGGCAGUUGUCACUUUAAGGUUUCCAGUUUUUGUUGCUUCUCUCAGCAGUAUUGUUUUCGGACCUGCUUACAGAAUGUUUUUGCACAGCGUUCAUCAGUACUACACUGUUUGGUCCAUACUAUUCUGUAGUAUAUUCUGUGCUCAAUCCAUUGCUUUGAAAAAGACUAAUUGAGAGCUGCUAUGUGUUUUGCACAGGACUGUAUUUUAAGAUCUACGUGUCUGUACCAAUCAGAUUUUUUUUUUUUCUACUCCAUUUUUAUUUUAUAUUUUUCCACUUGAAAUAUUUUUAUUAGUUUUACAGAAUUCAAGUAUACAGUAGAAUACGUCAGCAACACACAUAUAGGUGUUUUGAAUCACAACAUACUUCGUAUACAAUAUUGCAUUGAAAUACAACAAAUAAGAGUGUUGCUCAAGGUUAUCUAGGUUUUAUUUUCUUAUUAAUAGUUUCAUUUGAAGUAUGUAUUGGCCUAUUUUUCAGCCAAGAUAAAGAUUGGGCUAAUUGCAUACCAUUCCAUAGAUAACUGUUCCUAGCAACAUUUCUUUAUAUUUGAAAAUGCAUUGUGCUGUGAUUCACUCUGUAAUCACCAGAAGCAAAGAAAUGUGACUAUGAAUAUAAAUGCUGGACUGUUAAUUUGAAUGGUUUCCCUCAAGUACCAUAAAGCUUUGGAUACCUUUCUUUUUUUAUCACAGUAAUACAUUUCAUUUUUUUCCCCAAUCUCUAAGAAUAUUUGUGGGAGUUGUUACAUUUCUAUGAGUAGUUGUGAUCAAUGGUUGUAAUUGUUUUGAUGAUUUCUUUAUUAAGGGAUGACUUAUUAUAGUGGCUAUGGUUUUAGAUGUCUUUGGUUUUAGUCUCACUAGGCAAACUGUUUGUUACUGGUUGGAGAAAAAGAAUGUCUCACUCGGCUUCUAAAUCCCAAUUCUUCUGCUACAGAAAUAAUAAUGUGAUAGCUGUACAAAUUUGUCGAAAUUUGGGAACCAGUGAUGCAGUGGUUCACCCCAUACCUUGGCCCUACUGUAAGUAGUCAACGUAGGAAGUUUUUAACAUCUCUAAACCAAAUUUAUUGGCUGAGCAGGUUUAGCUGAAUCUCUCUGUAAAGAGUACUGUAAAAAUCUGUCUCAAAUUAAUAUAUCUAUUGUGGAAGGUGAACUUACAGUUUUCAUAUAUAUCAGAAGAGGAGACUGGACAUGAGGCAACUGAGGGCUGAGAUAAAUGUCAUUUUUUUAUAAAGCAGUUUGACUAUUUACCACAGAGUUGUGCGAUAGGCUCCUGGCAUCAUAUGCCAUUUAUUUAUCUUAUUUAAAGACAGGUAGCUGGCAUUAAUUUAGCUUUUACUUUUGUCAAUCGUUAAUCAAAUGACGGUUCUAUAUAAAUGUCCCUUGGUUUUGUCUGGAUACCUCUAGAGGUAUGUGUCGACCCCUGGUGGAGUAACUCUUCCAGCAGCAGAGGGGUUAAACGUUGUAUUAGCAUUUCAUAGUGAAACACUGCAUAUACAGACUCCAGGCACCAUGGCCACUUCAAAACACUGCUAAGGCAUUCCAUGUAAGAGUAUAGUCUGAGACAAGACAAGAUUUAUGUGACCGCAUACAUCAUUAACCCUUUAAUGGCUACAGACCUAAAGUGUAUGUUUGUGUCAUCAUGCACUUAGUGGCCUAGGAUUUACAGUGUAUGUCCAUUGCCAAAAGUACUUUUUAUAACAUGUGUCUCACUGUGAUCUCUGUCACAGUAAUUCUAUUCCAUGACUGAUUCCAAGUUGCAGCUUUGAAGCAGUCCAGUAAUAGGGGAGUGGUUGGACCCAAGGCUACCUGUGGUGAUAACAUUACCUGCUAGUUGAGGCUUGUGAUCAGUCAGGCUAGGGACCAAUCUGCUAAAUAGCAUAUUGUUCAGUGCUAAAUAUGUGGUGAAGUAGAUAGUGGUGUAGAGCCUCCCUACGUCUAAAUUUCAUCUUUAGGAAGCAAGCAGAGAGCCAGGCCAAUAUUAUGUUAUGUUAUGUAUCAGUUUGACCCUAUAAGUUCCUCAGAAAUAUAACAUAGGUGUAUACAUGUGGGGUAUUACUUACAUUGGACAUGCAACCAAAUAUUAAUCAUGAAUCUUUGAAGUAGUAAAACACACCAGGCCUCUAAAAUGCAUGGGAAAAAAAAGUUUACUGUUUGCUUUGGAAGAAAUUGGUGAUGAAAUGGGCAAGUGAAAAGGCUUAAAAUGUUCUAUAUUAAAUAUAAAGUUGCCUUCUUUUCCAAGUGUUGUGAUAUGAUGAGGGUUAAGUACAGUUUUUUUUUUGUUUUUUGUUUUUUGUCCUAAAAUUGACAUGGGCCUUGUAAAUUGUUGAAAGUUCCAAUGUGAAAACUGAAAAACAGUUUUCAAUUUAGUAAGACAGAACCCAGUUUCAACAGAAGAAUAAUAUUCACAAAUUCAAAAACAUAUACCUUUCUUUCAGGAGUGGGGAAUUAUUACCAGACUCCUGAGAUGUGCCAGUCAGGCAGAUAAUUAUUUUUUAUUUUAUCUCCCAUUUAGAUCCACUUGACAAAUGACAAGGCUGCUUCAGGGUAGUCUUGGGGGGAGCGAGCGUUCUUGUCCACAGCCUAAUGCAGAAGACACUCUCAAACUUAGUCAGGGUAGCAAAAGUGAAAGCUUAGCUGACUUAGAGGUUUUUAUCCAGUUCAACUAUUGUGAUCUUUAAUUUGAAAUUAACUUUGAAUUUACUUCAGUUUGCUGAAGUACUUUGUGUGAAGAGUGUGUACUUUUUCUUUUUACAAAAGUACAGGUAGUUCAUAUAAUACACAUCCAAUUUAUAUCCUCAUAAAUUUACACUCACAUUUUAUUGCGUCUGUUGGAAUAAUUGGCACAGGUAAAUCCGCUUAGGAGUGUAAUAGGUGGAUUUCAGUCCAAAUAGAGAUGAUCUUGAUCCUCAGAAGGGAAAAGUAUAAAGAAAGGCAACUCCAGUUAUAAUAAAAUCAAUAACAUUUAUUACACAUCAAAAAAUAAUUCUUACAUGGAAAGUUACUAGCAUGCCACACAGUCUCUCCUUGAAAGCACAAUGCGUUUUGACCCCUGCUGGGUCUUCUUCAGGUUGAGAUAUGUGGCUGUCUGGUACACAUUUCUUUUAUAUAGCCUAUUUGGCAAUUAAACCACUAGCCACCAACAUGGAAAAAUCAGGUAAAGCCCUCCUAUAUCCAUAUAUGGUCUGAUUUUUAUAAGCACAUAUUUUAUCACUUUGUGUUUGUUGUGUUCAUACUUGGUGGAAUUGUCGGGAUUGGCUCCACAAAUGAUCAGUAGCUGCAUGCUCUGAGCGCCUCUUUAUAUUGCACUUUUUUCUGUAUUUGUAUUUUACAUACACACACACACUCUCACAAGAUAUUUAUUAUUUGAAACACACACAAAGAAUCAUAGAUGCACACAGACAAAUAUAUACACAUAGACAUACAUGCAUGACAGAUAUACACACAGAAAAAAAGAAAAAAAAAAGUGAAUACAUAUUUUUAGCCAGUCUCUGGUUUCCUACCUUUUGGGCGCAGGAGAGGGGCUUCCCUGGGGUCCAGUGGGACUGGGCACGGCUGGAGACUUUAGAUUGGUGGGGCUGGCUGUGGCUAAUGGGAGCGGGCUGCCACUGGUUCACCACCUGUCUCGAUAUCACGUGCAGCUCACUGUGCGCCGGGAGGAAGUGAAGGGAUCUGCAAUUACUUCCUCUCGGCGCUGAGGCCGCGCAGGGGAACGAUUGUGCAGGCGGUCGGGGUCUGUGAAAUUUGGGCGGGUGGAUGGUCGGGUCUGUAAAAUGCGGGCAGUUGGGUCUGAAAUGGGGGUGGGCGGCAAACAGAGACAAUUUUACCAGGUGUACUGCUAGCUUGCUAGUUCUCUGUGCGGCCUCAGCGCCGGGAGAAAGUAAUUACAGUUCACUUCCUCACGGUACACUGGUGCACAGAGCGCUACUCGAGGAUUGCGAGAUAUACCCAUCUUACAGAUCUUACUCUUCGGGAUCGGAUUCGAGGUCAUAGAUCCACUAUUACAACUGCAUUCAGAGAUCAGAAAGCAGAUAAACCGGUCGCGAAACACUUUCUUCAAGCGACACAGACUCCCUACAUUGAGAUUUACAGCCAUUGACCAUGUUCCUCCCAGUCCUAGAGGAGGUGAUAGAUCUAAAUUGUUACUUCAACGAGAAACAUACUAGAUACAUCGUUUGGACGUUUGGAUACAGUCACUCCUAAAGGACUGAAUGAAUAUAUAUCAUUCUCUAUGUUCCUUAAACAGUAUGCAUCUUACUCUAGUAUGGUUUAAUGUAUCAUUUUGAGUCUUUUUGUAUACACGCUAUGAGAUGCUGGUUUACAGUUAGUGUCAAGCCUUCAUUGAUUUAAGUAUAGGGUUGACCAACCCCAAUUAUUUAAUAUUUCUGAUGUAGUAAUCUGCACUAUAUGAUGUGAGAUCUGUACUGUUCACUGUUUGCACAUAUUUUUAUCACAGUUCACGAUACUUUUAUUCCAUUCACUUUUUAUGCACGGCACUUGACAAACAGUGUCAUUUUGACACUUCGGUUCAGAGCCUCACAUCGCUAUUUAAAUACCCAGAGAUCUUCCAUUUGAUUUUAAUUUAGAAUUUUUAAUCCACUCUGUGGUCACCUUACAGAUCACUGGACACUGGUUAUUUAUCUUUACAUUUUGAUAACGGAUAGACACUGCGGUCACGUUGGUUUCUAAAUCUACGCUUAUCACAUUGUAUACACUCUAGCACCUAGCAACCACGUAGCACGUCUAGACGCAUGCCGGGGAAACCACGUGGGUCUGUGUGACACUUCCGGGUUUGAAUGAGCUGCCGCACACACGAGAUUGGUGAGUCAAUAUUCUUUUUAUGUAUUUAAACUUCGUUUGUUUCACGAGUUAGUUGAUCUUGAAAAAGACCCUUAGGGGUCGAAACAUCGAUCAGGAUUAUUUGCACUAUGUUGUAAACUAUGUUGUCACAAUAAAUACACCGUGUUGAAGUCCAGAGUGCUCCAUCUUAUCAUUUUUUUUCUAGAACUGUGUUUAACCCUGUAACUUUCUAUGACACCCUAAAACCUGUACAUGAAGGGUACUGUUUUACUCUGGAGACUUUGCUGAACACAAAUAUUAGUGUUUCAAAACAGUAAAACAUAUCACAGAGAUGAUAUUGUCAGUGAAAGUUUUUUUGCAUUUUUCACACACAAACAGCACUUUCACUGAUAUUAUUGCUGUGAUACAUUUUACUGUUCUGAAACACUAAUACUUGUGUUCAGCGAAGUCUCCUGAGUAUAACAGUACCCCACAUGUAGAGGUUUUAUAGUGUUUUUUUAUAGUGUUUGUGAAAGUUACAAGGUCAAAUAUAAGGCUUGAUUUUACUUUCUUUUUUAUUUAUUUAUUUAUUUUUUAAUUGAAAUUUGUCAGAUUGGUUAUGUUGCCUUUGAGAGCGUAUGGCAGCCCAGGAAUGAGAAUUACCCCCAUGAUGGCAUACCAUUUGCAAAAGAAGACAACCCAAGGUAUGUUCAGGCUUUUUUAGUAGCCACUUAGUCACAAACACUGGCCAAAGUUAGCGUUUUUUGCAUUUUUAACACACAAACAAAUAUAAAUGCUAACUUUGGCCAGUGUUUGUGAUAGGUGGCUACUAAAAAAGACUGCACAUACCCCAUAAUGAAUACCCUGGGUUGUCUACUUUAAAAAAAAAUAUGUACAUGUGGGGUGUGAUUCGGGGAUUUAUGACAGAUAACUGUUACAAUGUCACUAAUGAUAAAUAAAAAAAAAAAAUAUAUAUAUAUAUAUAUAUAUAUAUAUAUAUAUAUAUAUAUUGAAACAGCAAUUUCCUAUUUGUACUUAUAGGCCUAUAACUUGAAAUAAAGCACGUACACACUGGGUGUUUUUAACCCCUUAAGGACCGAGGACGGUUCAGGACCGUCAUCGGCAUUUUUGCAUUGCCGACCGGUGACGGUCCUAUGUACUCGAUCACCAUCAUUCCCCUGGCGGUGAUCGGCGUUGCUCCCGUUGUGGGGAGACUGCCUGCAGCCCAGACAGUUUCCCCAUGGCGGAUUAGGACCCCUGGGGCAAUGUGAUCGCUCAAAAGAGCAAUCACAUGGUCACAAUAGGUGUCCAUGUGUCUGCCUGGCAGUCUCCCUGCUAGUGGAAAAUCAUUAAAGAAAUAAAAGUUAAUGUUAAUUAAAACAUUUUUUUUAGAUGUGUGUGUGUGUAUAUAAAUAUGAUAUGGUAUGUCAUUACAGCUAAACACAAACACCACAAAAGUGUCAAAACUGCUCUGGUCCUUAACUUACAUCGCAAAAACAGGUUGCUCCUUAAAGGGGUUAAACAAAUGGGUAUAGUGAUAUUAUUUUGUAUUUAGCCUUUUGAAAAUCUUGAAGUAAAAUAGAUUGGUAAAUUCCCAUAUCCUUACAAACAAGGACAUCAACAUUUCCCUGAAUAUAUGCAUUACAUUCUGAGAAUAAUCUUUUGGAUGGAAAUUAUAUUCAGGUUAAUUAAUAUCUAAUGUAAUAAUACAUAAAAUGUCUUUUUGUUUCUAUAUAGAGGAGUAAAGAAGGAGAAGGGCUUAAUAUGAACUCCAUUAAUUCCGUUCAAGUACACCAGUCGUGCUCAUUGCAAUAGAACAAAAAUUUAGACAAAGGUGAUGUUUUGUAUGGGUUUUGUAGUUGCACUUCUUCUCUAUGUUAAUUGACGUUGAUUUUUGUUCACUGUUCUUUGCAGCCAAACAGCUACCUUAUUUUACAUAUGGCAUAUGUAAUCUGAGAAUCUCUUUUCAUCCUCUUGGGACCAAGUUUAAUUUUAUUUGGUAAACUAGAUGUAUUGAAAAUAUUACCUUGACAUUAUCUCCAUAAUGGUCUUCCUGCAUUAAUUACCAUAUUUAGAUUGCAUCUACCUACAAGUGGCUUUGUUAUCCUAGUCCAGCAAUAAUGUAGUGACAGUUUGUAUAUGAUGUACCGUAUAUACUCGAGUAUAAGUCGACCCGGAUAUAAGUCUAGGGUGGGAAAUGCAGCAGCUACUGGUAAAUGUGUGUAUGAAUGCAGUGUGUGUGUGUGUAUGAGUGCAGUGUGUGUAUGCGAUGCAGAGCCUUGGUGGGGGGUGGGAAUUUUUAUUAUUAUUAUUAUUAUUAUAUUAAUUUUUUAUUUUAAUUUUUAUUUAUAUUUUUCCUGUCAGCUCCCUUCUCUCUCCUCAGGUUCGGUCAGCUCCCCUGUCAGCCUUGCAGUGUGAGUGCCGCGCGGAGCGUUGCCACGGUAACCCGUGGCAACACUCUGACCCCGUGGCUCUCGCAAGACUUGCAGUGGAGCUGACCAGACUGGAGGAGAGAGAAGGGAGCUGACAGGAGCUUCAGGAAAGGUAAGUUACAGCUCUCUGCAAGCCCCCAACAGGACCGCCGGGCUUGUAAUGAGCCCGGCGGUCCUUGUCUGUAUUAUGGCAAUGUAAGUUGCCAUAAUACAGACAGUGACUCGAGUAUAAGACGAGUGGCGGUUUUUCAGCACAAAAAAUGUGCCAAAAACUCGAGUAUAUUUAGUAGUUCUUGCACUCAGGCUAAAACAUUGCCUUUUUAUAUAUAUAAUGCCGGGUGCCAGUCCUGGGGCUUCAGCAUACAAAGUAAUAAAACAGAUGGUCUGUACUCACAGUCUUCCAGGAAAAGAUUUCCUUUAUUCCAACUUUUAGAUCAACGUUUCAGUCCUCUCAGGGACCUUCAUCAGGAUAAAAUCAUACAAUAUUAAUAAAACAGUGGCAGAAAUGAUUAUAGCUAUAUAUUUUGCCACUGUUUUAUUAAUAUUGUAUGAUUUGAUCCUGAUGAAAGUCCCUGAGAGGACUGAAACUUCGAUCUACAAGUUGGAAUAAAGGAAAUCUUUUUUCUAUGGAAGACCGUGAGUGCAGACCAUCUGUUUUAUAAAAAAAAAAAAAAAGACUGUGUGUGUGUGUGUGUGUGUGUGUGUGUGUGUGUGUGUGUGUGUGUGUGUGUGUGUGUGUGUGUGUGUGUGUGUGUGUGUGUGUGUGUGUAUGUAUGUAUGUGUGUGUGUGUGUAUAUAUAUGUGUAUAUAUAUAUAUAUUUAUUUAUUUAUUUAUUUUAUUAGUGACUCAGGCACUCACCAUUGACGAAAAAACUUUGUAACAGCAACAACCCGCGUGCCUCCAGCGCACCUCAAAGGAGGGUUUCCCUUGCGAAAUAUCAGGCAUUACUAUGCAUCUGCACAAUUAACCCAAAUCAUAGUGGCAUGCAUCACUACCCAGGUUUAGAUGGGCAGACAUAGAAAAUUACAUCAUGUGCCAGACACUAUUCCCUACCAUCUAUGGCUUCCACACAUAGAUCUCCUAUAUAAUCUUAAAUAGGAAACAUUUACUGUACAAACAAAAACCUUUAUUCAUAUCGCUGGACUGUUUAAAACACCAUUUAGAUUAGUUGGCCCCUUAAUGACCUAAAAUUAGCCAAUUUACCUGACAUCCAGCAGAAAGAAGGCUUGCGUCUCCCCAGCUUUGCUUUACUGUGGGAGAUCAUCAGGAGUAUUUUGGCUGAGGCAGUGGAGGCUAGGAUCAGAACCCAUCAGACACGAUGUUCUAAAAUGGUUUGACUAUAUACAAUGAGGAGCCGGUUGUCAGGGCACGUCUGGGACCAUAAACACUAAAGCUGACGUGCUUUGGAGUUCAGAUAGUUCCUUUUGAGUUUGAGGGCUCUUUGCUUCUAAAUUCUCACUGGCAACAUCUAUUUCUUCAAUAUUCCAUUUAUGACAUAACUCUAAUUUUCUUUCUGGUAUUAAUUAUCUAGACUUCCAGACAUUUAAAAAAUUGGACCUGUUUUUUUCACAGUAAAAUUCUUAAAGAUCUUUUCUUCAUAUGGCAUUGUUAUAAAGCUGAACAUAAAGACUUUUUUUUUAUUUAAAGUCUUUACUUGAAAACACCUCUAGUGGCUGUCUGUCUGCUACUAGAAUCACAAGGACUAACAAGUUGUAAUAUUGCUGUUUCUUACAAAUGGAAAUGCUUACAUUUGUCAGAGUGCAGGAAAAGCGAGUCCACUACCUUAAACUGUAGUGUUUUUUGUGCUUAAAACUGCAGUCCUUUUUUUUUUUUUUGGUGUACUUAAAUUCUCCCUUUUAACGCAACCCCAUCUGGUCCCCAUUACACCUGAUUUCUUGAUUAAAUAGCAGGAAGAUAUUGGAGACGAGGAUGAGUGUCAAGACAUAAGUUGAAUGUGAAGUUAUCUGUGUAACACACAAGGAACAGGGUAGAGAACCGAGUGACAGGUAAGCCGGAGAACUCUUCUUCAGACAUUACUGUUAAAAUUUAAAAAGACAAGUAACAUGAUCACGUUUUAAAGCAGCACGACCACCCCCUUGCAAAAUGAGUAUUUUAUAAAGAUAAAAUCUUUAUGAAAUACUCAUAUCAUACUGACUGUUGAAAUUUCACUGAAAUUCCUACCCAGUCAAAAGAUAUACUGAGACAAAAUAGGACUACUUUAUCUCUGAAUUUUUCCAAGGGUAAUGCUUCUAGACACUUGGAGCUAGAAGUGUCAAUCUCUCUGCCGUCAUCAGUGACUGCUGCAAAGAUAUAUACUGAAUUGGAGCCUGGGAUAGGAACAAGGAUAAGGUGUCGGGUUGCGUACGAAGAUUGGGGGGUAACCCCUAGAAAUAGAACUAAAUAAGAGAGAAAAGAAACAAAGACAGAGAAACCAGGAAUAAAGAAGUAUAUAUAUCCUAAAGGUUCCCUGUGAUUGUUAAGCAACCCAAAAGUAAAUGAUAAAAUAUAACUUUUAUUAAAUGCCUUCUAAAAGUCAAUAACUAGUAAAGUGAGUAAAUAGAGUAAGUAAAAAAGGCCUACUAAAGGGAGAGGAGAAUAGAGUAUCUGCAAUAGCUCAGUAGUUCCAAAGAAUGUAGAGAGAAUAAUGAUCUAGUGGAUGCUAUAAAACAUCCCAUAAAGUCUAGAAAGUAUUAAGCUAUAUAACCCUAAUGUAGUAAUUGCUGACUCCUAACUCCCAUUAAUCUAAGGCUGAAAUCAUCUGCCUAGUAAAGACAAUCAACAAAAACCUCAAAGGAAGGUGCUAAGAGGUAGAAAAUAUUAAGUAAUAAACUAGAGAGAGGGUGAUAAUGUCUAAAACAUUAUACUAAUUCUGGCUGCAGCAUCGUCCCCACAAAGUCUCUGCUGCAGCCAGAAUUAGUAUAAUGUUUUAGACAUUAUCACCCUCUCUCUAGUUUAUUACUUAAUAUUUUCUACCUCUUAGCACCUUCCUUUGAGGUUUUUGUUGAUUGUCUUUACUAGGCAGAUGAUUUCAGCCUUAGAUUAAUGGGAGUUAGGAGUCAGCAAUUACUACAUUAGGGUUAUAUAGCUUAAUACUUUCUAGACUUUAUGGGAUGUUUUAUAGCAUCCACUAGAUCAUUAUUCUCUCUACAUUCUUUGGAACUACUGAGCUAUUGCAGAUACUCUAUUCUCCUCUCCCUUUAGUAGGCCUUUUUUACUUACUCUAUUUACUCACUUUACUAGUUAUUGACUUUUAGAAGGCAUUUAAUAAAAGUUAUAUUUUAUCAUUUACUUUUGGGUUGCUUAACAAUCACAGGGAACCUUUAGGAUAUAUAUACUUCUUUAUUCCUGGUUUCUCUGUCUUUGUUUCUUUUCUCUCUUAUUUAGUAAAGAUAUAUACUGUAUUCAUGGAGGAUCAUGCCAUUUUAUGGGAUCCUCCAUAUACAGUACCUAAAUACUGUACUCUUGCACAUGCACGAGAGUACAGCAGUGACGUCGGCUCCUGGUGCUGGACCAACCAGAAGACAGUGGUGUCCACGAUGGAUAGGUUCAGGUAAGUAAAUCUGGCUUUUACCGGCUGCAGGGCCACCAGCGCUCUUUGCAAAUUAUCUCCCCAGGUGGUGAAUGUGUCACUCUAUAAUAUUGAUUGUGUCAGGUGGCGGUUUCAUAGUACUCUAAAAGAAAAUUGUGUCAUUCUGUGCACAUAGGUGAUGGCAUGUCCCCCACUAUAUCAAGUAUCCAUCUAGCAUGCCCCCACUCCCUCUAGCAUGUCAGCUCUUUUGAGCAAGUCUCUCAAGGCCCUCUGUUCCUGUGCGUCCAACUUGUCUGUUAGUCCACUCAUUGUACAGUGCUGUGGAAAGUUUUGGAGCUGUAAAGCAAUUUUCAAAAAUUGCUUUAGUGUUAAGCCUACCACCAUAGAGAGAGAUAUCAAAGCUGUUCCAACUGCUCUACCAGCCCAUAUGCUGUAUAAUUCUCCAGCGCUGGUAGGAGGCUCUAAUAUGCCUAAAACAUAUUAUAUAAUUUUUAUUUUUUACAUUUUUUUUCAGUAGCAGAUGCUCCGAAAAACAUCUGUGUUGAAAUAGGAUAUGCUGUUUGCCUAGAUUGUGAUGUAUAUGAACCUCUUCUUUUUUUGUGUUAACACAAGCCAGAUGUCUAUUUAGUCGUUACCUUGCUUAACAUUAUAAACCGUGUAACACUACCUUGGUGUCAAGAAUAUUUGACACCGUUAAAACUGAACCAUAGAGGAGCGAAACACACAUUUUGAGAAAUCAAAAUGUUAGUAAGCAAAUGUAAUAGCCAGCUGCAAUAGCAAAUGAAGAAAAUGUUGGGUAUAAAGCUUCUAGCAAAACCCUCCAAUGUAGAUUUAUUCAUAGUUUGCACUUGGGCAUUUCUUCAGCAGUGCGCUGUGAACAUUCAGUAUAUGCAUGGCACACCAUGUAACCUAAAUGCAAUUAAACUGAGACAACCUAAAGCUACAUUGUUAGUUCUACAAUUGUGCAAAAUGCUCCCUAAUGACAGUUCCUCUUAUAAUGACUGGAAAUCUGCUAAUGUGUGUAAAAAGGUGAUGAGAAGGAUUUAUUGUAUGUGAAAGAGAAUUGUGUAUGCAAGGAAGAAAAGCUAUUUGUGCCUUUGAUAUGUUUCAAUUUUCUAGCAACACACCUCCUCCUUGCCAACUCAUAUUAUCUGUAGUAUUCAAUUUGCAAAAUCACUGCAGCUGUAAGCCCACCCCCUUACUCAAAUAUGUCACUUGAUUAAGCGUAUGCUUCCUUUUAUACCAACUAGUCCUUGCAUGCUCGUGCACCGCAUCAGCUGAAUUUCUUCUUUCUUAAUUUUAACUAAUUAAUAAAACUAUGAAGGAUUUAAGUUGUCCUAAAAUGAAAGCUGUUAACAUUCAGAACAUCCAUACUUCUGGAAAUCACAUUCCAUCUAAGGUUAGGAAGUAAGCCAUGAAUCUAGAAUACUUUGAGCAGUUUUUGACUGUAGUUAGUCUUUAAAUUUAGACUUUUCUAACUGCUCUAGUUCUGGACAGGUUUCCCCUAGCGGGAAACAUUGUUUGCGAUCACUCUGUUUGUUGGAGGAAAAAAUCUGUAUGUCUUUCAUGUGCGGCUUUCAACUAUAUAUUACUGAUCCCUUGGUUCCUUAUUACUAUUAUUUAUGGAACCCCCACACACCAAUGGCCCUGUGCAAUGGUUAAACAAAAUAUAAUUAAAUUACAAAUGUAGGUAAACGGGAACAAGAUGUGACAUGGGCACUAAUCAGAUGACAAGCUUUAUUUAUGUCAUUUUAGAUUGUAUGCAACCAUUUUGAAACCCAUUUAAAAUUAAUUUAUAGAUGGUACCUAACCCCUUCCAAACAGUUUAACAUGCACCUUAGCAAAAAUGAUAAAUGUUGGAGAGACUGCGGUCAAAUUGGUACAUUACUCCACGUCUUCUAUUCAUUUACCAAAAUUAAAACUUAUUGUCUGAAAAUUCUCAAAUUAAUUAAUCACAUAUUAGAAUUCAAUGUAAUAUUGUCCCUGUGUCUUUAAAAAAAAAUUCUAUCUAACUUGCCUAGAUACAAAUAAUUAUACUAGGCUCAUAUCAGCUAAUUCCAUCAUCUCUCAUCAUUAGAAGUCACCCUCUGUACCAACUGUGGGUGAGGUCUUCUCUCUUGUUUUUGAAAAUAAAAGGUGUGAAUUCAGACUUUAACCAUGUUCCCACUUGACAGAAUACAAAUUCUGCUUCCUGAUUAUUUUUUUUAGUACUAUGUUAUUAAUUACUUGACACUUUAUUUUAUUUUCUGUACAUAGUGUACUUAUUUCAUAUACAAAUAUUUAUAUUUUAUGUGUAUUUUAUUUGAUUGCUUGUUUAGUUUUGACAAUGGUUCAUAAGUCAUUAUAUAUAUAUAUAUACCAAUGUUGUAUGAUAUUUUAUUUUAAAACAUUAAUAAAAAAUAUUUGACGUAGAUUGUAAGCUUUUGCAAACAAGUCUAUCCACAAUGCCACCUUAUCGAAUGUAACAAACUGUGUGAUUUCACUUGAGUGUAGCACUGAGGACUCUAUAAGUUAGUUUAUAUUGUUGGUGUAUAUAGCAUGUAUUAUACUGGAGAUGCAACUUUCACCUCUGAAUUGGAAAGCAUUACAAGGCAAUAUCUAAAAUGCCAUAAGUAAUUUAUUAUGUGUAUUACAUAAAUGAAGUGCAGCUGGAUUACGGUAAGACACAAUAUGUGGGCUGGUGGCAGGAUUAGAGUUGAACCAUUUUCGAUUUUGAUGUUGCUGUUAAUGGGCAUUAUGGCCAUGUUAUUUUAAAUGUGUAAUUCACCAAGCUAAGAAGCCUCUCAUUAAACAUGCCUAAUUUGAUUUAACGAACAUGGUAGUAAGUGUACCAGACGAUCAUUAUACUGAGAUGCUAAUGAGCCAUAAGCUUGACAUUUUUAUUCACCCUCUAUUACAUAGUCUUUCAAGCUUAAUAGGGUUCAACAAAUGUUUCAGUUAUAGUUGGUGUCCUCUGACUUCUCAGUUACUGGAGGACAUUUCAGUGAUAAAAAUGAAAGUUGCUUUAAACUACAAUCAUUGCCCUUUUCCAGCUGGUUUUAAAAGUAUUUCUAUCUUUUAGUUAAUCUAGGAUAGCUUUGUGGUUUAGUUCAAAGACAACUCAUCCUCAUUGUCAUUGAACACCUACCGAAUAGGCUAUCCAUAAAAAAACACUACUUUGCCUUGUGAUUCCUGUUGUCCUUUUUCUUACCUGGUCUGAGCAGUUUUUUCCAUGUGUGUUCUAUCCAAACUUCAUUAUGUACUUUAAAGUUGGACAUGUGUGUUUACUUAUUUUUUGCUCUAUUUUGAUGUGGAGAUGUGAUGUUUUCUCUUUCCCUUUUAAAAAUGACCUCAACAAUUAAAGGGAUUCUAUAGUGUAAGAAAUACGUAGUUGUAUGUCUUACACUAUAUAGCCAUCUGGUCCCCUCCCCACACCCCUGCAUCUCCUGCCACAGCUAACCGGUAAAUACUCUUUUGUCACUUACCUCAUCCAACGGAGGGCUAAUUCACAUGCACGGCAUGCGCCUUGAGCUCAUUAGGCCUUUCCCAAAGGAAAGCAUUGACUCAGUACCUUUCUAUAGGGAUUUAACUGACAUGGAUGUCCGCGUGCAGGGAGUGAGGAUGCCCAGUCGACCAAAAGUCGGUUAACCACCAGAAAGUGCCUUAUGCAGUCUUAGUCCUUUCUUAAAAACUGCAGUGAUUUACUUUGCAGCAUCAAGUGGGCAGGGAUGUUGUACCCAUACCAGUUCAAUGAAAUUAAAAAGAGUAAUAAUAAUAAAUAAAAAAAAAGUUUGCAAUAAAAACAUUUUCUAUAAUAUUUCCUUAGAAUAAUCUAGUUUAAUAUUCACCUGGACUUAAUUUACAAAGUGUCAAAACAUGUUACCAAAAUAUAUGUAGUGUGCACCAUCAUGAAACAUUGUGUUUUCUAAAGACAGUAGAGCUACGCCUCUCUUCAAUCUUACAGGGUGACAAAGCAUCAUCAAAAUUGUAGUGCUACGUCAGCUGGAGAUAUCAAUUUGUCAUCUCUGUGUUACAGGGACUGGGGUUAACUGUAUGCAUCUGCAGGCGUAUUUUAUAAAAGUGCUGAUUUCAGGAAAUUACCUAGGUGCAAAACUACCCUGGUAUGCCUCUGGAAAGUACAGCAGUUUUAACAACUUUUUAGGUAUUUUUAUUUUUCUUUAUUUUAUUAUCUUUUGCAUAUUUUGUAAUGCUUUAAAUAUUAGUGCCUUGCAAAAGUAUUCACCCCCAUUGGCAUGGUUCGUGUUUUGUUGCCUCACAACCUGGAAUUAACAUGGAUUGUUUCAGGAUUUGCAUCAUUUAAUUUACAGAACAUGCCCACAACUUUGAAGGUGUAUUUUUUUUUUGAAUUUUUUUAUUAUUGUGAAGCAAACAACAAAUAGGACAAAAUAACAGAAAAAGUCAAUGUGCAUAACUAGUCACCCCCCUAAAGUCUAUACUUUGUAGAGCCACCUUUUGCGGCAAUCACAGCUCCAAGUCGCUUUGGAUAAGUCUCUAUGAGCUUGCAACAUCUUACCACUGGGAUUUUUGCCCAUUCCUCCUUGCAAAACUGCUCCAGCUCCUUCAAGUUGGAUGGUUUGUGCUUAUGAACAGCAAUCUUUAAGUCUGACCACAGAUUUUCUAUUGGAUUGAGGUCUGGGCUUUGACUAGGCCAUUCCAACACAUUUACAUUUAAACCACUCAAGUGUUGCUUUAGCAGUGUGUUUGGGGUUAUUGUCCUGAUGGAAGGUGAACCUCCAUCCUAGCCUUAAAUCAGGCACAGAGUGGUACAGGUUUUGCUCAAGAAUAUCCCUGUAUUUAGCACCAUCCAUCUUUCCCUCAACUCUGACCAGUUUCCCAGUCCCGGCUGCUGAAAAACAUCCCCACAGCAUGAUGCUGCCAACACCAUGUUUCACCGAGGGGAUGGUGUUCUUUGGGUAAUGUGAUGUGUUGGGUUUGCGCCAGACAUAGCGUUUUCUUUAAUGGCCGAAAAGUUCAAUUUUAGUCUCAUCAGACCAGAGCACCUUCCUCCAUACAUUUUGGGAGUCUCCCACAUGCCAUUUCGCAAACUCAAACGUGCCAUUUUGUUUUUUGCUGAAAGUAAUGGCUUUUUCUGGACACUCUGCCAUAAAGCCCAACUCUAUGGAUUGUACGGCUUAUUGUCGUCCUAUGUACAGAUACUCCAGUCUCUACUGUGGAAUUCUGCAGCUCCUCUAGGGUUACCUUAGGUCUCUGUGGUGCCUCUCUGAUUAAUGCCUAACUUGCCCGGUCCGUUGGUUUUGGUGGGCGGCCAUCUCUUGGCAUGUUUGCUGUUGUACCAUGUUCUUUCCAUUUGGUUAUGAUAGAUUUGAUGGUGCUCCUGGGGAUCAUCAAAGAUUUGGAUAUUUUUUUAUAGCCUAACCCUGACUUGUACUUCUCAACAACAUUGUCCCUAACGUGUUUGGAGAGUUCCUUGGUCUUCAUGGCAGUGUUUGGUUAGUAGUGUCUCUUGCUUAGGUGUUGCAGCCUCUGGGGCCUUUCAAAAAAGGUGUGUAUUUGCAAUGACAGAUCAUGUGACACUUAGAUUGCACACAGGUGAACAUCAUUUUACUAAUUGUGACUUCUGAAGGUAAUUGGUUGCACCAGAGCUUUAUAUGCACAUGCCAAUUUUCUAUUUCUGAAAAAUAGUUUUAUGUAUAUAUUUUUCUCAUUUCACUUCACCAACCUAGACUAUUGUGUUCUGAUCCAUCACAUAAAAUUCAGAUUAGUAAAACAUUGAACUUAAGGCUGUAAUGUAGCAAAAUAGGUAAAAAUUCAAGGGGGGUGAAUACUUUUGCAAGGCACUGUAUAUAAUGUGCUAAAAAAAAAAUGGGCCACUUCCAGAUUUUUUUAACGUAACUGAUCUGAGAGUAAAUGCAUAUUGCAAAAACAUUUUUUUCCUCUGCAGUUUCAUGAAAGACUGAAACGUUUCAUGUAUUUGAAUAUUCUGGUGUCCUUUUCCUUAGUGCUAAGGAAAUUUUGCAGUAGAGCCAAAUACUUUGAUUUGUAGAUUGGAAAUAUAGAUUACUCCGUUUUAACCUAAUGAUAUCUGUUUACUUCACUGUACAUUCACUUCCCUGCCAGUCGAUCACUGCCUACAGUGAUCAAAAUACAGAUCACAGUAUUAUACUGUGAUCUAAUUUUUUUUAACCCUGAGGAUUAACUUUUAUUUAUUUUUUAACCCCCAGGGGUUCAAUUUAUUUAAUUAAUUUAAAUAUUUUAUAAUUAUAUAUUUUGCUAGCUGGGGUGGGUGGGAGUUAUGGGAAAAUUGGGAAUUUACUGUUAGUGCUGCUUGCUGCUAGUUAGGGGUUAACAGUAAAUCAAAAAAGCUUAGAAAAAUGUUAAAUCUGUAAAAAAAAGUUUUAAUAAUGUUUAGGAAAGUUUAAAAAAAACUAAGCAAAACAAAAGUUUAAAAACUAGUUUUUAAAAGUAAAAAAAAAGUUUAAAAAGUAAAAAAAUACAUUUAAAAAUGCUCAUUACCACUACACUUGGUACAAGCUAGUGGAAAAAUGAUCCCACGCUAAGGUUCAAAAUAUACCUUUUGAAAUACCCUGCGGUGUCUACUUUAAGAAAUGGUAGGCCUUUGUGGGGUAGUUUGAAUUUAAACCCUGCUAAGAUGCUUGGAAAUUGCUCGUAGGCACAGCGUCAAAGUUCGUUAAAAACUGAUAUGGCUUGGUCUCCUAUAUGGCACUGUAGCUUCACGAAAUAGUGCCAAAGACAUUCAUUGGGGGUGUCUUUUUACUCAGAAGACUUAGCUAAGCAUAAUUUGGGGGGUUUGAACUUAGUGGCACAUGUGAAAUAUACAAAAUGCCCAGCAAAAAUGCAAUCCAUAUGUAAAAAACGCACAAAAUUAUUUUUUACCUCAUACUUUGGCAUAUAUUGGUGAAAAAAUGGAGGCAUGUUAAGGCACAAUAUGCACCUUAUGAGAUACCCUGGAGUGUCUACUUUUACAAAUGGUAGGCCUUUGUGGGCUUUUUUGAACAGUCAAACUGUUAUACUACCCCAAAUGGAAGCAUAGGCGCAUUAAAUCCGUCUCUCAAAAUUCUACUGUGAAUACUGAAAAGGACAGGUCUCCUAUAUGGCACUGUAACUUCACAAAAUCGUGCCAAAGACAUACAAUGGGGGUGUCAUUUUACUCAGCAGAUCUAACUGAACACAAAAUAAAACUUUGUACAGGAAUAGCACACACCAACUUUACAAAAUACACAUGAGAAUUUCUCUGUUAUAAGUUUGUGUGCCAAAAACAAAAAAAAAACAACACAAUUUUACUCCAAUAUUUAGCAGAGGUUGGCGGUGAAAUGGCUACGUAGAAAGUGUCAAAACAACCUUAGGUAAAUAGCCUGUGAUGUCUACUUUAUAUAAAUAUAUACGUUUGUGUGACAAUUUUGUUUUCUUUUAUGGCUAUUAAGCUUACAAGACAAACAUACCAAAUUCUUAAAUCGCUCCACAUUAAAAGUUUAUUUUACUCCUUGUGCUUUGUGACCUGUAACUACCAAAAAAAACUUAAAAUCCCAGACACAUUAUAUAUUCUGUAAAUCAGAACUAAAUGAAUUUAUUUUUAAUUACUUUCCUUAACCUGCACUAAUUAUGCACACAUUAUUAUUGCAAAAACUGUAAAAAAACAAAAACAAACUACUUUUCUGUAUUUUUUUUAUAAUAAAUAAGCAUUUAUAUUUAUAUAUAUAUAUAUAUAUGUGUGUUACAUCAAAUUAAAGCCCUUUCUGUCCUUUAAAAAACGGUAUAUAAUAUGUGUCGGUGCAAUAAAUUAGUAAAAUGCAAAUUGCAGUUGAACGCAAACAGCAAAAAAUGCUUUUGUCACUAAGUGAAAGACAAGCUUUUAAAGCUCUGUCCUUAAGGGGUUAAUAAGCUGGCUCUAAACGCCGGUGGGCAUAAUAGUACGCCCUCGCUAUGAUGGCCGCCCACGUGGCAACCCCUCUGUGGCCGGUGCCCGCGAUCUGCAGUCUCUGAUCGCAGUGACAGGCUGGUACUGCGAUCAGUAUUUACAGUGUGUCAGCCGAUUUCAAAUUGGCUGACACACGUGGCCGGCGGCUUUCCCCUAUACAGAUCGCGGUCGGGGGACAUACCUGGGGUCAGUGAUCGCGAUCUGCACUGUCUGAUCGCAGUGACAGGCUGUCACUGCGAUCUCAGAGUACUCUGAUCGCAGUGACAGCGUGUCACUUCGAUCAGUGUUACAUGUGUCAGCCUAAUGGUUGAAACAUGUAACAGGCGCAAUCAUCCCCCUGCAGAUUGGUAGGGGGAGUACUUGUACCACCCAGGCACUCCCCCCUGUGGUCAAUUACCCAAUAUGCAGGAGGUGAUCACAGUGACAGGCAGUCACUAUGAUCACGGAUCCUGUGUGUCAGCCAGUGAUGUGAAAUCACUGGCUGACACUGUCUCUGCCCCCUCUCCUGUAAUAAAAAUAAAAUAUUAGUUAAAAAAAUAAAUAAAUUAUAGUUACAAAUAAAAUAUACUUAGAUCAUAUAUAUGAUUAUAUAUAUUUACACAUACACCAAGUGUAUUUUAAUAUUAAUAUAUAUAAUUAUAUGUAUAUUAAUAUCAAAAUACACGUAGAAGGAUAUUGAUUAAAUAUAUAUAUAUAUAUAUAUGGAUUUAUAUAUAAUAAAAAAAUAUGUAAAUACGUUAAAAAAAUAAAAUAUAUGUGUAAUUUUGUUCUAACUGUAUUUUGAUUCUAUAUUGAUAUCAAAAUACACGUAGAACGAAAUAUAUAAUAAUUUUACAUAUAUUUAUAUAAUAAUUUAACAUAAUUAGGUCAUUUUUAUUAAUUACAAUUUGUGGGACCUGCCUGACAACCCAGGCCGAAACUAUAGGGAAUUUAAUUUUCUAGCACUAUAUUUAACCCUAUAACUUUCCAUGACACCAUAAAACCUGUACAUGGAGGGUACUCUUUUACUUGGGAGACAUCGCUGAACACAAAUAUUUGUGAUCCCAAACCGUAAAAUGUAUUACAACUAUGAUAUUGUCAGUAAAAGUGACGUUUUUUGCAUUUUUUACACAUAAACGGACACUAAUAUUAUUGCUGUAAUACUUUUUACUGUUUUGAAACACAAAUAUUUGUGUUCAGCAAAGUCUCCUGAGUAUAGCAUUACCCCUCAUGUACAGGUUUUAUGGUAUUUUCAAAAGUUACAGAGUCAAAUAUAAGGCUUGCGUUUUAUUUUUUUCACAUUGAAAUUCGCCAGAUUGGUUAUGUUGCCUUUGAGACCGUAUGGUAGCCCAGGAAUAAGAAUUACCUCCAUGAUGGCAUACCAUUUGCAAAAGUAGACAACCCAAGGUAUUGCAAAUGGGGUAUGUUGAAUCUUUUUUAGUAGCCACUUAGUCACAAACACUGGCCAAAAUUGGCGUUCAAAUUUAGUUUUUUGCAUUUUUCACACACAAACAAAUAUUAACGUUAACUUUGGCUAGUGUUUUGUGACCAAGUGGCUACUAAAAAAGACUGGACAUACCCCAUUUGCAAUACCUUGGGUUGUUUACUAUUGCAAAUGGUAUGCCAUCAUGGGGGUAAUACUCAUUCCUGGGCUUACCAUACUGUCUCAAAGGCAACGUAACCAAUCUGGCGAAUUUCAAUGUGAAGGUGUAACAUGCUAUAUUUGACCCUGUAACUUUCCAAAACACCAUAAAACUUAUACAUAGGGGGUACUGUUUUACACGUGAGACAUCGCUGAAUACAAAUAUGUGUAUUUUAUUGCAGUAUAAGCAAACAGUAUUAUGACAGUCACAGUUAGAAUGUCACGUAGAACUAAACAUUUUUUAAAAAUUCUUAUUUUCUCCCAUUUUCCAAUAUUUUAUUCAUAUUCAAAUAUUUAGGUAUAAAACAUAAUUUAUGUUAAAUGAAAGCCCUGUUUCCCCUGAAUAAAAUGAUAUAUAAUAAGUGUGGGUGCACAUAAUAUGUAAGAGGCGAAUUACGCCUGCAAAGACAUAUAGCGCAAAUUCAAGUUUUUGUUUUGAUCACAACGCGUACAUUUGGCUCAGUACUUAAGGGGUUAAAUUAUAUAGAAUUACAGCGUGCAUGUUUGCUUUUUUUUUGUAUUUUUAGUGAUGAACAUGUGUUUCUCUGUGAAUCUUGUUUCUUGGCUGCCUGUGGAUUGUAUAACUUGAAUAUACCCUGUAGUUUUCCUUUGUUUCAGUAGAUGUCUCUUUUGUGUUUGUUUAAUUGGCAAUGAUCAACAUGAGAAGGAAGGGAAAAAAAAUCACAGGGACAGUUGCAUAAAUUACAGCAUUUUUCCUUUUUUAGACCAUGACUAAGCAGAAGUUUUUUUUUUUUUUUUGUUAUGAAUUUAUAUCAUAAUUUAUUUUAAAAAUAUAAUUCAUGAGGCAUAGUGCUUAUUAUGGUAAAUUUUAGUUUCUAUAAUAAGAAGUAGCACUAUAAACAGUAGGCACAAAAUAUACCUUUAUGUUCCAAUAGUCCUUGUUUUUACCCAUAUACUUCAGCUUUUAGACCACCUACUGUACUUUUCCUAGCUUGAUUGCAGCCUUUUGCUUAAAGGAACGCUAGCAAUACAAAUAAAAAUGUAUAUUCCUAAUGAUAUAUAUUGUGUCUCUGUCCCUAUUUGUAUUAAGUCCCCCCUCUUUUCCAAUAAAAAUAAAUAAAAUCAACACCUACCCUAGACAUACACAUAUUGUCCGUUGCAUUUUGUGAUAUUUGUAGAUACCAUUAUAUAAAUAACUGUUAGAGGCAAAACAAUUUCCAAGUUUAACACAAGUCAACCUACAAUGAGCUAUGUAUGCCUUCAUAUUGACUACAAAAUCAGAAACUGUCAGAGGAAAGUCAGUGAAGAUGCUGUACAUUUUUAAUAAAUGCCAUUACUGAUUAAUAACAUACAGUUUGUAUGAACUCUUAAUGUACUAGUGCUAGUAUAGAGAAAAUUAUCUCUUAUCUUAAAGGACCACUAUAGUGUCAGGAAAACAAACUAGUUUUCCUGGCACUAUAUAAUCCUUAGGUCUCCCCCAUCCUCAGGGCCCACCUCCCGCUGUGCUGAAGGGGUUAAAACCCCUUCAGGCGCUUACCUUUAUCCAGCUCCGGGCUCCCUCGGCGCUGGUGAUAUCUCCUCCAACUCUGGCAUCCGCUCCCGAGUGGAGCCGAAUGCGCAUGUGCGGCCAGAGCCGCGCACGCAUUAAAAACACCCAUAGAAAAGUAUUUCUCAAUGCUUUCCUAUGAACGUUCUGCGUGCUCAAUGCGAUAUUCGCAUUGAUCGUAGGGGAAGUGCCUCUAGCGGAUGUCAGGAAGACAGCAACUAGAGGCUGGAAUAACCCUUCAAUGUAAACAUGCAGGGUUAAAACAUGGGGGACCUGGCACCCAGACCACUUCAUUGAGCUGAAGUGGUCUGGAUGACUAUAGUGGUCCUUUUACUUUUGAGGCUGGAUUUUAAAAUGAAACCUCUCUAAAUUGAUCAUGUUGUAAGCAUAGAAUGCAGAUAUUUGACAAGUCGUAUCAUUCAGUAGAAUGAUCAUUUAGUUGACUAAAAUUUUUGAGAUUUAGUCAACUAAAAUACGACUAAAACUAAAAUGUCUUUUUAGUCAAAAACUAUGUCUAAAACUAAAUUGAAUUUUGCUACCAAAAUUAACACUGACUCUUAGCCUAUAAUUAUCACCCACAUUGGGAUGACUAAUCCACUUCUGUAUUUGCAUAGUGACAGCGGAAUGGUUAAAGGGACACUAGUCACAAAGCAGCUUCAGCUUAAUGAAGCAGGUUUGGUGUAUAGGUCAUACCCCUGCAGUCUCACUGUUCAAUGCUCUGCCAAUUUAAGAGUAAAAUCACUUUGUUUACUUGCACAGUCUUCCUAAAGACUUCCUGUAAAGAGUCAUCUCAUGUUUGCACUUACUUUAUUGCUCUUCUGUUUAAUUUAGAAUGUCUUAACUCCUGCUCUGUUAAUAGCUUGUUAGACCCUGCAGGAGCCUCCUGUAUGCAAUUAAAGUUCAAUUUACAGAGCAGGAUAUGAAAACAUUUAAAGUAUAUUACAUAUGAUUGUAAAUUAAACUAUUUUGUUUUGAUGCAGGCUGUGCCAGUCACAGCCAGAAGAUAUGUGGCUAGGGUUGCAUGAACCGAAACAAAAGUGAUUUAACACCUAAAUGGCAGUGUAUUGAGCAGUGAAACCUCAGAGGCAUGAUCUAUACACACAAACUGCUUCAUUAACCUAAAGUUGUUUUGGUUACUGUAGUGUCACUUUAACCUCUUAAGCAGUGGUGUAUCUUGGUUUUGUGCUGCCCUAGGCAGGACAAAACUCAGGCGCACCCCCUCCCCCCGCGCCACCCCCACCCAACCCUUCCCCCCGCCCCACCUUCUAAAUACACACACACACACACACACACACAGUCAGACACACACACAUACACAGUCAGAGACACACACACACUCACAAACACAGUCAGACACACACACACACACAGUCAGACACAAACACACACACAGUCAGACACAAACACACACACAGUCAGACACACACGCACUCACAAACACACAAACACAGUCAGACACACACAAACACAUCAGACACACUGAAACGCAGUCAGACACACACAAACACAGUCAGACACACACACACACAGUCAAACACAAAACACAGUCAGACUCAAACAGUCAGACUCAGAACACACAAACACAGUCAGACACAAACACAAACACAGACACAAACACACACAGUCAGACACAAACACACACACAGUCAGACACAAACACACACACAGUCAGACACAAACACACUCACAAACACACAAACACAGUCAGACACACACAAACACAGUCAGACACACACACACACAGUCAGACACACACACACACAGUCAGACACACACAGUCAGACACACAUACACACACACAGUCAGACACACAUACAGACACACACACACACACACACACACACACACACACACACACACACACACACACACACACACAGUCACACACACACACACACACACACACACACACACACACAGUCACACACACACAUUAACUUUUUUUUAAAUUUAAAUCCCCCCCCAACCUCCUUACCUUUGGGAGUGCUGGGGGGGGUCUCUCUCCCUGGUGGUCCGGUGGUCCAGUGGCUGCAGGGCGGGCGGCGCUGGCGAGGGAGCACUUCCUAUGAGCUGACUGCUCAGCUCCCUCGCGCGCCGGCUGCAGAGUGAGGCUGGGAACCGGAAUAUGACGUCAUCUUCCGGCUCCCAGCUUCACUCUGCGGCGCGCGAGGGAGCUGAGCAGACAGCUCAUAGGAAGUGCUCCCUCGCCAGCGCCGCCCGCCCGCCCGCCCGCUCGCGAUGUCAGUUAGCCGCAAGGCUAACUAGGCAUUUGCCCUGGGCAUUUGGGGGGCGGCGUUUUUUGCCGCCCCCUGAAAAAUGCCGCCCAAGGCAAAUGCCUUGUUUGCCUCGCGGCUAAUUACGCCCCUCCUCUUAAGGGCACAUGACAUGUGUGACAUGUCAUGAUUCCCUUUUAUUCCAGAAGUUUGGUCCUUAAGGGGUUAAGCUGUAGCUACAGGAGAACAUGCCAAAGGAGUUGGCCUGGACUCCCAAAUAUAUUUACACCUUUUGCUGUGCACUGGUGCCUCAAUCCAGGGCCCUGUUAGCCUUGCAUGGUAAAGAGCCACAGGAUGAAGAAUUUAAUAUAUAUUUAAAGGGACACUGUAGGCACCAAGAUCACUUCAGCUCAUUAAAGUGGUCUGGAUACCAACUCCCACCACCCUUAACCCUGGGCAUGUAAGUAUUGCAGUUUUUAUAAACUGCAAUAAUUACCUUGUAGAGUUAAGUCCUCCACCUUCUUAGACGGCUUUUGGUGACUUCCAGUGUCGGCGGAAUCCCCACAGGAAUGCUUUCAUAUGGGGAGGUCUAAUGCGCACGUGGCCAUUGUUGCGCAUGUGCAUUAGGUCUGUCGGUGGGGAAGGAGCAUGGGCGAAGCCUGACUCAUCGGUGCUGGAUUCAGAUAAGCGUCUGAUGGGGUUUUAACCUCUUCAGCGAUGGUGGGCCAGAGGGAGGGGUCACUUCAGGAUUCUAUAGUGCCAGGAAAACAGGUUUGUUUUCUGGCACUAGAGAAUCCCUUUAUUUACUUAACCCUCUAUUUACUUAACCUCAUGUCACUAAUAGUCCACAGGUUAUGUCACAGGUCUUGUAUCGUUCUGGACACAGACCGGAGCAGUCGCAUGCUCCCUUCCUGCCUCCACUACAGGAUCUUUAGAUCAUGCUCAGGGGGCUCACUUAGCCUUUAGAAGUUACCCACUGCCCAUGGUUUUGGCGGGUGGGGAGCCUGGGUCUUCCAAGGCCCAACAGCGGACUACCCCCCAACCGGCCCUUACGGACUACCCCCAAACCGGCCCUUACGGACUACAGCUCGCACAGUUAAUGACCGACGCGGCCCCUGUUUGUUUGCAAAUAAAGGUGGUGUAACGGCACCCAGGGCUUAAAAGGGGUUAAACGCCGUUUAGAGGAUAUUUCCCUUCCAUAUACACAGGCAGCUACCAAAGACACCAAUCUGCCGAAACAGGAAACCAUAUGAAUGCCGUAAACAGCCGAACCGGAACCAUAUAAAUUCUGUAAACAGACGAAAAGGGAAAAACCAUACGAAUAGGUUUACACUCCUAGCAGUCAAACUGGAACAGCAUACAAUAAAUCCCCCCAAGAACGAGACAAAGCUCAGUUUUGAGGGUCAAGCAGGAACAGACAGAGCUGUGGGUUUAUUGUUCUUAUAUACACAUUCUUACACAUUAGUACCACCCACAAGCUUUUGUAAAACAACCAAUAAACAUGUACAAUACACUCAGACACUCCCACACAAAAUCCUCCCCUCUGCUUGUGAUACAAUUACCUUACACAAUGGGUUAAUGUAAUUAUCACAGGCAGAGAAAUACAGUUUUUCCACAUUAUUCAUAACUUUAAAAAUAUACAUCACAUUCACUUAGAUUUUCAGAAUCUGCAUACUCCAAAUACAAACAUAUAUCAAAAUCAUCCAAAUUGGUCCAGUGGUUCAAAAGAUAGAUCGAAGUCCUUUGUGACCAAAUGAAGCAUGGCUUUUCUGCCCAAAACCAGUUCCACAGAGACUUCUAUCUUGGAGAUAAUUGGGAAGUAAUCCAAUAAUCUCCAAGGACAGAGGCAAAACUCCGUUGAACACAUGGUAGCAAAAGACAAUAAAAUACAUAAAAAUAUAUAACUGUGCAGCUAUUGCAUAAAACAGGUACAUUCAACAUAUCCCCAGAUAGCUUAGAUCUGAGCGCACAUUAUUACUGAAUGGCGCUCAGAUCACAUACAUACAGUUCAAUUGCCAUGGAGCCAAAGUCUUUCACAUAGUCUUUUGUUAUACGAAUGGGCUCCAUGUCAUAGCUAUCUGUGGUAUCACUUUUUUAAAUAGGGCAAGUACCGAAUGACCCGGUUUUCAUGUCUUUGCAGGGGAAAAUCAAGCUUUUCAACAUGGGGCCAUAGUCUAAAGGCAGCAGGCGGGCAACCAGGCUCCUCCAAUCCACAGUGGCGAGAUUGGUCUUGUCACAGGUGGAUUCUUAAAUAAGUGUCCCAUGUGUUUGUCUGUUUUCAGUAUGUACUAGUUAUUAUUUAUGACCUUCUGUAUUUGUGGUGUAAGUGGUAUGUAGGUACUUACAAAAGGUAUUGUCUUGUUUGGUUUUGUGUGUCGUAGAGAGUAAUCCUUCCAGAUUCAAAUUUGAGUUCCACCUUUAUUUGCAAACAAACUGGGACGAUCCAUUAGAGACAUGGUGGUCAGGGCUGAUAGUCAGACCAACAAACCAAUCAGAAACAAACAUUCCUCUCAAAACCUGUACAUGGGACCUACCCCUGCCUGAGUUGCAAUCACUGUAGUGUGAUUAUUAAGGGGGAAUUCUGUACCCAUCCCAGGACUGGCCAACAAAUUAGGUUAAAGGGAUUCUUUACGUGCCAAACUGAUUAUGUGGUGAACCUUUUGAAGUGUCCGUGCAGCCUUGGUUAUGUAGGAAAAACUAUACAUGCCCUGAAAGACAGUGUCCCAACAUAAAACAACGAUCAGAAGCACUAACUCAGAGGUACCAGUCAUACGGCACUUCAAAGAACAAAGACAUAAUGCUUCCCAAUUACGAUACAAAAUACUAGAAAGGGUACCACUUCUAACUAGACGAGGUAACAGGGAAAAAAAUAUUUCUACAGAAGGAAGCCCGCUGGAGGCACCGAUUGGACACAGUGUCCCCUCAUGGUCUCAAUGAGAAGCUUGAGUGGCACUGGUUCCUUUAGGUGCUCCAUCGAGUACCCGCCAUGCAAUCUGUCCUGGAGCUGGGUAUGUAUUAUUACUAUUUGCAAUUACAUUUUCUAGCCAAAGAGUCACUCUCUAUAUGUAUAUCACUUUAUAUGUAUAUUUGUUGAUAUAUAGAUAUAUUAUUCCAUGUUUAUAGGCAUGCUGCAAACCCUCUGUUUAGAUGAGGGUGUCAUUUUUCCAUUUACGUUUUGUUUAUUUGUGAAUAUCACUGAGUAUAUAUAGGUGUUGGUAUUUGUUUUAUAUAUUGGCAUCAGCUGUAGUAGGUUUAUACCAUCUAAUUGCUGAAUCGUCUCUCUCCCUUUAAGUGGUAAUAGACACACUAUGGAUAAAGCAUAGAAUCUACUAGUUAUUUGACUGUUAUUUGCUAAUAUACCACUUCUAUUGGAACUGUUUAUGUUGCCAGGUUGCCUGAAAACAAAUGUUUGUUUACAUGUUGCUUAGCAACAGUGCGUGAUGACGUCACACACAACAGACGUGACGUCUGACGUCACCACUCCCACGAACCAGGAAGUCCGUGGAGACUCAGGGAUGCCGACCAGACGCAGGAAGACGCUGCACAGCUUAUAUCAAUUUACUUAUUAUUAUGGGGGCGGCACAGAUAUGAUUGUAAGCACUGUAACUUGUAUAUACGUUGGUAUGUGCCUUAUUCUCACUUUAGGACAUUAGCAUUGAUAAAGAGCUAUUGCCUGAAACAUUUGUUUUACUUUGUCCUUCUGAAAUUAAAGGUGUAACACCAGGGAGUGCACUUCAAAUUCAAGUUGAGCAAGUCUCCUAUCCUUUUUUUUGUUUUGUACAUAGUUAUAGGAGCACGUGGGGAGUUGACACAACACGAAACACUGCUCAUGGGAGCGAAGCUCAAAUCACACAUUUGUAGGAUAGGUCUGUAUAACAUUUGUGAGCCUUCUCGGGUGAGAGGCCAAAUUAGCUUCUUCUCAUAAGCCAUAUCCUGGAAGGCAAGACCCUACUAAUUACCUAAUUUUCAUGAGUACGUACCAGAAGAAUGGUAUAAAGUAAACAAAUUAGGCAAAAGAGUCUAGUGUGUUGUAUAUAGGUUUUACAGCAGUGUACACUUCGUUGCAUGUGUUACUCGCGAUAAGGAGGGCUUAGGUCCUCAAGGAAGCGAUUGAAGGAUGUGUAACCCCCAUUGCCUUUCUUUAUCCCCUAUUCCUUCCUGUACCCCACACAAAAAUGCAAUAAAAAUUGUCAAGUUGAAAAAAAAAUUAUAAUUUGAAGCAGUCAACAGAGUUUUGCUUUUCAUAUUGGUCUGUUUGCCCUGAACAAACUCACUACAAUUUGCCACCUGCAAAGUAGUCCACCUUGUAUUUUGGAUAAUGUUUAUAUAUACGUUAAUUUUUUUUUUAACAAAGCAUUAACUAAAAUUCAUGCUAAUAUGAUAUACAAGUUUAUUUUUAAAGAGAAAUGUUUAUCUUAAUCUGACUUAAAUCUUCUUAUUGCAUUGCACCACGUGCAUUAACAUCUAAUGUACCCACUCUAGUGGGAAAAAUCUGAUCUGCUUGGAUAAACAAACAUGCUGGUAUUUUUUAAACUUAUAAUAAGUCCCGGUGGUACAGCUGCUGAAAAGCUUCAAAAUGAAUGUUCCACUACUCUCCUAAAGUUGUUGCAGGUCAUUGCCAGAUAGACUAAUUAUAAAUCUAAUAUUACUUCACAGAUAUGAAUAUAAUCUUUCUUCUAAAUUAAUGGUUUUCUUACUUUAUUUUUUAUAGGUGAUGGUUGUAGAAGCUAAAUGACGCCAUAUACACAGAGAAAUGGAGGUGUGAUUAAUGGCAGCGUGCUAGGACUAAUCCAGCAGAAGAGUCCAAAACAAACAGGGUUCGAUUAUUUGCCAUAAUGAAGAAAAUAAGUCUAAAGACUUUUCGCAAGUCUUUUAACUUGAAUAAAAGCAAAGAAGAAAAUGACUUUGUAAUGGUACCACAGCCAUCAAUGACAAAUAAUUUUGUGAAAGAUGACUCCUUGUUUGGCAGCUGCUAUGGCAAAGAGUUGACAGGAUGUGAAAUAAACAAUGAGGAUGAAAAAGGGGGCAAAAAUAGACCGAAAAGUGAAAGCUUAAUGGGCACUUUAAAAAGACGCCUAUCUGCUAAGCAAAAACAAAAAGGAAAGGGCGGUACAUCCAUUAAUUCUGCUGAAGAUGAUACUUUUUCUUCUUCUUCUGCACCUAUAACACUUAAAGAUGUAAGAGCUCAAAGGCCUUUAAGAUCAACAUCCCUCCGUACCCACCACUACAGUCCAACUCCAUGGCCCCUGCGACCAACCAAUUCUGAAGAUACUUGCAUAAAAAUGGAAGUCAAAGUGAAAGCAUUGGUACACUCCUCCAGUCCAAGCCCAGCACUGAAUGGAGUUAGAAAGGACUUUCAUGAGCUGCAAUCUGACAAUGUAUUUCAGGAACAAAGCAAUGCAUUGAAAAGUACAGAAUCUCAAAAUGGAGAUUUACAUCUACAUAUUAAUGAACAUGUGCCUGUAGUUAUAGGACUUAUGCCUCAGGACUAUAUUCAGUAUACUGUGCCUUUAGAUGAGGGAAUGUAUCCUUUGGAAGGAUCUCGUACUUUCUGUUUGGACAGCUCUUCCCCAAUGGAAGUUUCUGCUACAUCUUCUCAAAUUGGAAGUAAUAGUUUUCUUGAAGAAGAAAAUCAGGUGGCCCAGGAUGUAGUAGUGGCACCGGACAUCUUUGUGGACCAAGGUGUUAAUGGUCUGUCACGUAGCACCAGUGGAGUUCUGUUUCAGAACUCUAUGGUUAAUCACAAUGAAGUCCCUCCACUUUCACCAUUACUACCUCCAGCCCAGAAUAAUCAAAUCCAAAGGACCUUUGCAGGACUUAAUAGCACAGAUGUACACAUGGCUGAAAACAUGCGUUGCCAUUUGAAUUUUGAUCCCAGUACCGCUCCUGGUGUAAGCAGAGUUUAUGAUUCAGUGCAAAGCAGUGGACCCAUGGUAGUCACAAGCCUCACAGAAGAACUUAAAAAACUUGCCAAACAAGGCUGGUACUGGGGACCCAUAACACGCUGGGAGGCAGAAGAAAAACUGGCUAAUGUGCCAGAUGGCUCUUUUCUUGUUCGAGACAGUUCUGAUGACCGUUAUCUGUUGAGCCUAAGUUUCCGCUCUCACAGCAAAACUCUUCACACUAGAAUAGAACACUCUAAUGGUAGGUUUAGCUUUUAUGAACAGCCGGAUGUAGAAGGGCAUACCUCUAUAGUGGACUUAAUUGAACAUUCCAUAAGAGACUCUGAAAAUGGAGCAUUUUGCUAUUCUAGAUCCCGGGUUCCAGGAUCUGCAACAUACCCUGUUAGACUGACAAAUCCGGUGUCAAGGUUUAUGCAAGUGAGAUCCUUGCAGUACUUGUGCCGUUUUGUAAUCCGUCAGUACACAAGAAUAGACCUGAUUCAGAAACUGCCUUUGCCAAACAAAAUGAAGGAUUAUUUACAGGAAAAGCACUACUGAACUUGAGGAAAUUUUGCAACUUGCACUUUUGGGAACUAGAAAAAAUAAAUUGAAAUACCGUUUACAAACUUUUCAUCACUCUCAGAAUAUUUUGCUGCCAUACCAAUAUAUUUUGUUUAGAUAAAUGAGUGCAAUGCAUUAUUCUUUUCAUUUUUGUUUUAAAAGUAAACUGUCCAUUUUUUUUUUUUUGAUGUGUGAAAUCACCAUCUUUUUUACAGCAUUGAAAAAAUAAUAAUAAUCACAAUGUGAAAUAUUAGAUUUUCCUAUUUUUUCAUGUUCUUAGCUGCUAUCCACUGUGACUAUUAUGCAUUUAAAAGCACAUAUUUCAUGUGUUCUUAACCACCGCUGACAUUAAAUUAAACCUAUAGAUUGGAUCUUUUACCUGUUCUCUUAUGUUUUGUUUUUACAAUACAAUAUUAGACUUCUAUUUUUAUACAAAGUUUAGAUAUAACAUGUUUUAUGGUUUAGCAUAUCGAUUUGAAAAGCUAAUCCAUGCUCCUUGUAAAUUCUAUUAAGAAAGGAGGGCAAACUAUUAAAGGAAUCUCUUUAUUAAGGCAGAUGUGUUUGAAAUGAAGUGGUUGAUUGCCAAGAAUAAUCCAGACCCCAUAUAAUAUUCAUAUUAUAUGUGGUUUAUUGUAAGCACAUCUCACAGCACGUGUGCGUAUAAAUUGUAUUGAAAAAUACAUGACUAUUCCGAGGAGCACUAUUACAGCUGAAUACUAACCGGAUCCUAGGUUGUAAUUGUAAUAAAACUAGAAAGAAGGCGGGAAGGAAAGCAACAAAUAAUUGUUACGCUCAAGUUAAUGUUUUUUUUUUGUACAAGAAAACAAAAAUGUAAUUAUGAGAUUAAAAUCUGUCUUUGUAUUUUUUUUGCCAGAAAACUGAAUGAC